GCAGAACGAGGAGAAAAAGAAGUGGAUAAUGACGAUGAAAGAAAAAACACCACUCUCACGGAACACAGCUCACUACACCAUUUCGAUCCGAGUUGGGCCCUUGGCCGCGCGCGCUCCUCCGAUCGGUUCACCAGCAACGACAAGCCAAAGACGACGACGACGGCCACGGCAACCCAGACGACGACGACGACGACGACGACGACGACGACGACGACGACGACGACGACAACGGCGACGACGACGACGACGACGACGACGACGACGCGACGAUGACGGCGACGACGACGACGACGACGACGACAGAAACGAGGUCCGUCGUUACUUGCACAUAUCGUUCGCGAAAUACCUCGGUAACAUCUUGUUAAUCGAGACGGACAACGUUACGAGGAGCGCUUUCUUCACUACCUACGCUUCCACUUUACCGUUCUCUCUUUUUCUUUUACUCUUUCUUUCUCUCUUUCUCUCUUUCUUUCUCUCUAUCUCUCUUUCUUUCUAUCUUCCUCUCUCUCUCUCUCUCUCUCUCUCUCGCUCGCUCGCUCGCUCGCUCGCUCUCGCUCCCUCUAACCGCUCUCCUUACACCGCACGCGCCCACCGUCCCAGUGUCAGAGCCAAACACAUAAAAUGGCGAUCCCGAGACGAUGCAGCUUUCUAGGGAAGCCUCGAGCAUCGACUAGUCGGCUAUAUAGCGACAGUUCGCCUCUCCGGAACUGUCUGAACUGCGGUCGAUUUUUCUUUUGAAGGCGCCAAUUGACUGACGCGCUCUCUAUCGGCAAAGAACGAAUUAGUUGUAUAUAUUCUCAGAAGGGAUUAUUUCGAUGGAACUGCUACCUAGCGGUACGGAUAAAUUACGCCUCGAAAAUAACGGAGCAAUCCGCACAAUUUUACAUUAUGAGUAUUCGUGAAAAUUAUUUUAUAUUUAUUUGACAAAUAAUAAAACAUAUCUAACUUGUUGUAUACUUGUAAAUUUCCUCGAAAGAAAUAUGUCUGCAAUUAUAGACGAUAAAGUGGUUGCAGGAGCAAAAAGUUUAAAUACUGUUAAAGAGGAUCCCAUUGUAGCAUUGACAGAAAAAGUAAAAUCUCUUUAUUUCUUUCGGGAUCAUUAUUUUGAAAAUCAUCUAAUUAAGGAAGCUAUUAGAAAAAACAGUGAUGUGGAGAAAGAAAUGAAAGAAACUAUUAGUAAAUUCGAUGAAUGUAAAGGUUAUGAAAUAGAUGGUAGCCGGGCAAAGUAUUAUUAUUUGAAAGGGAAGGCUUUAAAUGUUGUAGAUCGUUAUAUCCCUCAAGCUGAAGAACUCUUGAGUAAGGCUGUAAAAUUAGAACCAAAUUUAACCGAAGCCUGGAAUGAAUUAGGAGAAUGUUAUUGGAAGAAUGAUGACAUUCAACAGGCUAAAAAUUGUUUUGUCGGUGCUUUAUCUCAUGGUAAAAAUAAAGUAUCUUUACGUAAUCUAUCCAUGGUACUGAGACAAGAACCAACUUCAACCACAGAACAACGUGCACAGAAUAUUCAACAAGGCGUUGAAUAUGCUAAAGACUCUGUCAGUUUAGAUACAACCGAUGGUACCUCUUGGGCAAUAUUAGGAAAUGCUUAUUUGUCAUCUUUUUUUACAAUAGCACAAAGCCCAAAUAUUUUACGUCUUUGUAUGUCAGCAUAUGCACAAGCAGAAAAAGAUAUUGUAGCAAGAAGUAAUCCAGACUUAUUUUAUAACAAAGCUAUUGCAUUAAAAUAUCAAGAGGAAUAUGAUCAAGCAUUAAAUUCGUUUGAAAGAGCAAUGUCAUUGGAUCCUACAUGGGAAACACCAUGCAAUAAAAGAGAUGAACUGUUACAAUAUUUAAAAGAUGUGCAAAAUUUAGUAAAUACAAAUGGGCGUGUUAAACCUAAAAGGCUUUAUCAAAUGAUUAGGGCAUUGGAUGCUAAACACUUAGGGCCAUAUAAAGGUGGAUCAUUUACAUUUGGUGAAAAAUCUAUAAAGUUAGAUUUAACUUCAUUGAAAAGUAUAGUGCUUGGAGUAAAUAGGGAGAAAGUUGUACUUGGAAAAGUAGUAUCCUGGAUUCAAGAUUCCGAUUGUGUCCCUUUUGCAUUUUGUCUUGUUGACCAUGAGAAAACGUGUAUUGCCGUUACGCUAUAUAAUUUAGCUAAGGGCCGAGGAGUUACGGUAGGUGAUUCGGUCGCUAUUCCAGAGCCUUUUGUGAUACAUCACAAGUUUUCUUACAUGAACUAUGAUUUUGAUUUCAAAUCUAUACGCGUUGAAACACCUAUCAUAUUAGUUGUUAAUGGAAAAAAAUUGGGUAUUGAACAACAAGCUGGAGUUAAGCUACAUACCUUUAAAAAGACCGACUGAGAUAAAUUUUUAAAGCAAAUAUCGAAAUAAUUUCAUGAAUAUUAAUUACCGCAUUAUCGUAAUUUCAUACAGUUAAAUUUUAUUUAACUGUAUGAAGAAAAUAAGAUGGUAUUAGAAAAAGCUUGGAAAAAAGAUCUUUGCGAGUAAUAAUUUUCAAUAUUGCGGUAAAUAAGAUUCUAAUUAGUUUAUAACGUGUUUUAUAUAUUUUUAAUUAUUUUCGUGCUGUUGCACGUUGAAACUUUACUUACUAUAGACUUUUGAUGGAUUACUUUAGCACAAACAUCCAUUUCAUUUAAAAUAGAAAGAGUUACUCAUAUGGUAUUUGUAUUAUAGGAUGUAUUUUCAGUCUAUUAUUUACGUUGAUUGUUGAAGACUCUUGAAAACAUGUUUGAUAUGUUUACGUUACACUAAGUUAUUGUAUUAUCAUGUUGUAUCGUAUUAAGAAUGUUCACUGAUUACAUGGUAAAAAACACACAGUGAGCUCCGAGUCCUAUAAUCGAUGGCGUUGAAUAUAUGUGUGAUAUAAAAAGCACGUCACUUUGCAAUAUUUGAAAGUAUUUUUUUUUUUUUUUUUCUUUCUUGUUAUAGAUGUCAAUUAAUAGUGAUACUCUUUAUAGAAAAUAUAUACGUAUAGAUACUUUCAUUGUCCGUAACCUGAGAAAAAAAUUUAAAGCACAAUAUUCUAAAGACAAUCUAAAUAUCGAGUCGAUACAAUUAUACAGUUUGCAUAAGUUUAACUUGACCCAUCUAUGUAUGAUAAACGUACAACAAAUAAUUCUACCGAUAAACAAUAUAUACAAGUCUUUUAUCGAAAUACUUUUUAAAGAGCACAAUAUACGAGAAUUGAUACGCGUUAAUAGCGUUCUUUUUUAUCAUUUAAAAUACUAUAAUAUAAUACGAUCAAAUUUCGAUAAAAACAUAUUCAAUCCGGCAGUAAUCGUGUAUAAUAAUAGAAAACUGCGUAAAAUCACAAAGUUCGCAUUGUUUUCUAAUAUCUAAUCCCCAGUAGGUUCAUCGUGCCAAUAGAAUAAGUUUUUCUCUUGUAUAUAUAUAUAUAUAUAUAUUUAUAUAUAUACGUAUAUAAAGAAAAAAAAAACAAAAAUAACGACGAUAACAAUUAUCAUCAUUACCGUCCAACAUGUGUAAUCGUAAAACGAAUUACGUCAGAUAAUUUAAUCCUAAUAUCAAAUGAAUUAAGGUAAAUAAUCAAACGGAAAACGCCGCUGUUUUAUUUAACAGAAAAUAGCCUGUUAUAAUGUGCAACGCGUUAUAAAUCUUUAAACUUAGAAGCAAUCCAUCGAGUGCGAUUGAUUCAUUACUAAUUGAACUCAUUUUCGUUCCUUCUUAUUCAAGAAAAUCACGAUGAAAAUAUUAAUUCGAUGGAUCGAUUUUCUAUGUGACGCGUUCCAAUCAGUGCGUUUUCCGAUCAGAGAUCUUAUUGAAUAACGCUUGUGAUAUAUGAAAAACUUUUUGUAUAAAAAUGUUUUCUAUUAACGAUUAUAAUAAUAAAUACUUAUUUAUAACAAUAACAGUUUGGGCUAAAUACGUGAAAAGUGUACGUAAUAUAUAGUUUAGUACGGCUUCCAGGAACGUUUAAUCAAAGAGGAAAUCCAUGGAAUCACCGAACCGGUUUUCGAUCAUCAGCCGAAUCAUCUCGAAGAUCGUACCACCAUAUUCCUCUAACGUCCUUAACUUGGACGCGAAUCACAAUGAAACGAAACUUCUUUUUUCUUUUUUUUUUCUUUUUUUCUUUUUUCUUUUUUCUUUUUUCUUUACGACGUAGCAUUCUCGUCGAGUCGCUAUUUGAUCAUCUCUUCACAUGUUCACUUCCCAAAGCUUAAAAUAAUUAUCGAUCACUUCUAGGAACCACUCGCGUCUCUUCGAAUCCUUAAAAACUGGCGCCAAGGUACGAAGUUGGAGUUGUAACAGUGCCUCGUUUCCGAGCAAGCCAUCCAAUUGUCUAAGCAAGGCCGCAUCACCAUGAAGCUUCAACAAGCUCGCAUACGAGAAGAUGUAAUACUGUACUCGGAGUCUCUCGACAGCCCAAGCUUCUACUGAACGAUUACCACUAGCGGAUUGUAUGGCACCCAUAUGUUCAGCGUACCAAGGUGAGAAAUAAUUGUUCAGUUCCAAGGUCGAAAGCUCCGAGACACCCCGUGUUUUCAAACGUUCUUUUAUACGUAGAUAUACUUGAGGGGUAUAAACAAAUACCUGAAAAAAAAAAAACAAAAAAAAAGAAUUUAUUUCAGAAUUUAUUGAACUCGUGUUCAGGAGUAAUAGAAUGAAUUGAAAUUCUAUAUCGUAACUUUGACAAUUCAAUCGAUAAAAAAGCGCUUUUAAUUAUUAAAUGAAAGUGUUUUCGUUUCCGUUAUUCUCCAAAAAAGAAAAGUAAAUAAGGAUUAUAUAAAUCGAAAAUCUUAAUUUAUUACAUAAUUCCUAUAUACACUUCGAUUAUUGAGUUCUUUAAUUUCGAAGAAACAAUGUGGGAGAACCAAUGAUGCAUAUUUAGAUCUAAUCGAUACUAAUUAUCAAUGAUUAUUCUACGUAUAUGUGUACAUACAUUUCUAAGAACAAUGGUAAUUGUUCCCUUACUACCAUAGCGGACGGUCAUUUUCUUUCUUUCUUUCUCUCUCUCUCUCUUUCUCUCUCUCUCUCUCUCUCUCUCUCUCUCUCUCUCUCUCUUUCUCUCUUGCAAGGUCUAUACGGAUAGGUAAUUUCGUUUCAAUAACUAUAGAAUGGCAUGAUCGGAUAAAAGUAGUUUCCUCUCGCGAGAAUUGACGAGGUCGAACGUUGAGAAAUAAAUUGAGAGAAAGGUACUAUAUUGUUUUUUAGACAUUAUCAUUUGCAAACUGAAUCCGAUAACGUUGACCUUAUUAUUUAUUAAAAAGAAAGUAAGCGUGUACGAUUGCAAAUAGAAAUGGGUUUUAAAUUAAAAAAACUUUACUGCAUUAUCUUCAUGAACGUUGUCUUCACGAUGACGCAAAUGUUUAAUAAAAGUAAUAAAAAAAAAGAAAGAAAGAAAGAAAGAAAGAAAGUAAGAGAACUAAGUACUUAAUUCAUCUUACGAAUUGCUUAAAAAAAAAUGAUGACUUAAACGAUCGAUAAAAAUAAGAGAUCUCACCUGAUAGAGUGAAUUUCCAGUGAUAUAAGAAGCGAUAUAAUGAGAGCCAUAAUUCCUGAUGAAGUUAACGACACUAAAGGUAUCACCAACUGUGACGUUUUCUGUUUCCCUGAGUACAACUUCAUCAAGGAGUAAAGAUUCAGCAGUGGCAACUAAUUUCUGAUUAUCUCGAAAUCUGGCGACCCGUACAAGGACAUAACAAUAAUCACCACCGAUGAAAGACGAGUUGAUACCAAGAUGCCUAGCUAUGGCGGCCUUGGACCAACUGCCAGUGAACGCUCGCCAGGGUCUUUCUAAUUUCUCGAAAGCGAAAUCACGGAAAUUUUCCUUGCUGUAAUUGAUUCGGUGGCAUCGCCAUUGGAUUCCUAAAGACAUCCAAAGUUGGCUCGCGAAAUAUCCAAGUGUCCGUGUCGUUACGCGGCACAACCCUCAUACUGAUGCUGAGGUAACCGUAGCGAGUGAAGACGUUUACGGCACCACCAAGACGAGGCUUUUGAGAAUUCGUCGUUCGAUCGCCAAUCAGAACGAUCAUUGUCGUUAUCAGGAGACCCAUGCUCCUGCUCGUCCACAUCUCGCGAGGAUCGACACCGGAAAUGAUGGUAAAAGAAAACGUUGAUCGUACAACAUCGACGAGUUUGCACUAAGGUUCUUCUUGGUACAAGCAAGCAAGAAAAACAGAGAAGAGUCUAGGGAGUAAAAAGCAACGAUCUAAGAGCGGAAGAUUGAGCGAGCUUCGUUACACCAUGUCUAGGUACGUUGUCGAGGCAUUUGCCACGAACGGAGCCAACGGCCUUCAUCCCCACCUGUUUUACUCAACGACAAGUUUGCUUCGCGAGGGCUUCCCCAUGCUUAUACGUAUCUUUUUUCUUUUUGUAUAUCCCUCUUCCUUUCUUCGUUUUACUCCUUCUCGCAUUUCGCUGAUCUUCGAAGGAAGGUUAACAGCAAACUCUGGACUUCUUUCAACCUCUACAAACUGGCAACGUGCAUCCGUCUCGCUUCCAUGAUUCUCUGAGAACGUAACCAUGACUAGAAUAAAUAUUUUCCAACUAUAACGUUAUAGUAUUUUCUACAAAUCGAUGAGAAAAAAAUUCUUCGUUUUCUUUCUUUAUUUUUUGCGUAAUUAAUGAUUAUUAUUGUAUAAAUUAUUGAUCUCUAUUGUAUUUGAUUUUUCGAUCUGUUCUAAUUUUUUUUUUAUACUCUCAUAGACGUUCAUCAUUCAAUUCCUUUAUCGCUUACAUUAGAAUUUAAUUUAGAUUUAAAUUAAUAUAAAUUUACCAUGACCGUGAUGAUUGAUUAAUGAUAUCAGAAAAAGGCCCUGACUUUAAUCAAUCGAACAUUUAACUCUAUCGUAUCCUUCGAGUUAAUUCAAUGGAAUCGAUGAUGGCAUUGAUAGAAAGUCUUAUAUUUAUUAUUAUUCAAGCGAAUACGCAAUACAAUCGAUGUCACUCACUUGACUACUUCACCAGGUGACGAUACAUCUAGUGCAUAAUACAAUACAUAUCUAUGUACACAUACAUAUAUAUAUAUAUAUAUGUGUGUGUGUGUGUGUGUAUGUAUCUACGCAUUUCCGUACAAGUGCAUUGUCCGAUUGAUCGUUCCUUGGAACUACAACUACGCUUUAUGACGCCAUAAAUUAUUCGAGCGUCUCCAAGCUUAUUAAUUUAUAAUUCGGAAAUACAAGCUUCUAUCUGUGCUCCUUAUCGACAGAUAUCAUGGGACAUCAAUUGAAAAUAAUAGAUUAGGCAGUUAUAUGUGUCUGUGUGUGUGUGUGUGUGUGUGUGUGUGUAUUACGUUUAAGCGAAAUGCGUGGCAAUUCGAAUACGAUAAAUUUGAAUAUUUAAUAAUAAUCGAUUUUGUUUGAGUUAUGACAAUUUAUUCAUGAAUAAUUUAUGAAUAGACGAACGUGAGAAUCUUUUAAAAAUCGUUAAUGAGAUAAAAUUAAUUUGUUUCGUAAAAUUUGAAUAGCGAUAAUAUAAAUAAAAUUAUUUUUAAUAUUAUUAUCUUUGAAUCUUUCUAUAAGAAAGUUCGACGAUCCCAAGAAAACUAUAGGUGUACGUGCACGUAACGCGAGAAUAUGUGAAGGUCAUGCACGCAGCCCUGGACUUCUUCCAAGCUAACUAGCCAGCUAGCUAGCUAUCACUAAGCGCUACGACGAGUUCGUCUUGCCUCGAUGACUUCUGGAUGACCAAUACACGAUUAUUCGCGAUAGCCUAUCACAGAAAGUGAUAGUCAAGCUUGGUGGCUUGGACUAUACAAAGACGUAUUUGUUGCUUUUUAAUAUCUCACAUUAAAAAUAUGGUAAUGCAUUUUUUCUAAUUUUUUUUUUUUUUUUUUUUUUUUAUAUAUAUAUACCAAAUAUAAAAUUAUUACGAAUAACAACUAAGCUUCUAUGUGAUUAUUUGCAAAAAUUAAAAUACAUUUAAAAUGAGUUAACAUCGUUUAUCGUUAAUAAUAUCGCACAAUAAUAAUUCAUAUCACAUAAUAAUAAUAUAAUGUGUUUAAAUUUUAAUUUGUUAAACCUUUAUAUCAAUUUUAUAUCGAUUAAAUUUAAGAAAUUUUAUGAUUUAAUAUCUAUUUGAUACUGUGACGUAACCAAGAUGUAAUACAUCGAAGCACGUGCGUAGAUAUUUUAACGAUUGAGGAUAUUACGAAAGAAAUCGAGUUCUUCGAGAAAAUGUUUACAUUGCGAUGUCUACGAAAUUAUAUAUCCAAUGACACAUCAAACUGAUCACGGUCAAAAUAUAACAUUACCGAGACAGAGACAUAAUUUAUCCUAGACCUAGAAUAUUAAUACCGUUGCAAUCGAUUAUUUUUUCUUUUUUCUAUUUGCUCGAGCAUAAACGAACGUUCCGUCAUUCUUGUGUAAAGAUACUAUUUUUCGAUUAGACGGCUAUUGGUGAGACGAUAAGCCGAUGCGAAUGCAAGACAAACAAAUUGUAAAAAUCAUCGAUAAAAACUCGCGAAAAGGAAAUCGUUGUCUUUCAACGAGAGAAGAGACGUGUUUUAUGGUGAUAUAUAUUUUCCUAUUACAUUUAAAUUCAAUGCAAAACCUGUAUUAUAAUAUUAAUUGCUGAUAAAUGUCAAGAACAAGUCAAAAACGAGGUCAAUAAGAUUCUCCAUUGUAUGAUUCUCAUCCAAAAAGGUUCUAUCAAAAGAGAAGAUAUAUGAAAAGAAAGGGUUAAACGAAUUAUAUGUAAUAAUAUCGGAUGGUUUUACGAAUGAUUAUUUAAAUACGUUUGAAUGUUUUAUGUUAAGUAAAUACAUAAGAGGGCAAAGUUCAAGGGAGUGAAAGUAAAAUUAAAAUCCGUCACAUCGUACGCACCUCUUGCUUGUGCAUCAGAUUUACUAACGUUUAUAAUCUUCGUUAAUGAAGAGUAUUAAAGUAAUGUUAAAUAAAAGUUAUCGUUAAAAAAAUGAUACCUUCAGCAUUUAAUAGUCAGAAAAACUCAUAAAAAAUGAAAGCAUACUUAUCAACAAUUAUAAAAGUUAAUGUUGAUAAAGAAUGUUCGAACGCUUAAAUUUUAUAUUUUAUUAAAGUAAUAUUCUUUUUCUAUUCCUUUAACUUAACUUACUAUAAGUAAAAUAUAAUUGUGCGAAAGAAGACGUAUCCAAAAAUGGUCACUUUUACUUUUUUGUUUUGUUUUGUUUUGAUACUUGGAAUAAGUCAAAUAUUAUUUUAAAAAAUUUUGUUAAAAGUUAGCAAUUUUAUGGUACAUCGUAGUGAUUCUUUUGCUUCGUUUUUAUCGUCGCAAUGGUCCCGGAUAUUACAUUUUCUGCCGUUCACUCGUAAAAUCAUCUACUAACAUAUAUACAUAUAUAUAUAUAUAUAUAUAUAUAUAUAUAUAUAUAUAUAUAUAUAUAUAUAUACAUACAUACAUACAUACAUACAAAGAAGAACAGUCGUUGAAUCCUCUUCCUUCGAGCACGAAAGCCAAUUGUGCGAUGUUAUUAUCUGUGCUAUAAAAUAAUAAUGAAAGAUUUUUACUGUUCAAUCGUCGCUAUGCAAAAGUGAAAAGGAUAUAAUUAUUAGUACAAAUUUUCUACUUAAUGUUUCAAAUCGUUAAAAUCGAAAAUCGAUUUAAAAGUAAAUAUCUUUUGUAGAACACUUUUACUUAGUACGAUUUUGUCAUUUCUUCGAAAGAUCAUUUAAUUUGACUUGGUAUUGAUCCAGAUCGAAUAAACUUUGCCAUUAUCGAACACUCCUCCCUUCUUUGUCCUAUUGACCUUUUAUGACCGAUAAUCGUGCAUUACGUUUUGAGUAGUGCACUUCUGAUCGAUGUUGCACUAUUAUGUAACAUUAUAUAUAAUUUCAAUAUAUAUUUUUUGGAUCGAUCUAAUAAUUGAAUUUCUUUGAACAUUGGUAUUGAAACGAUAUUUAAAAAUCGUUUGUCAUUUUAUAUAUAAUAUCUUUCGAUGAUAAAAGAAGAUCGAUAAAUUGAAUUAUAUUCUAUUUCAUUUUUAUAGACCUAAUUGAAAAAAUUUUUUUACAGAAACUUUUUAUACAAGGAAGUUAUCGAAAGGGGAGAUACGUACUUGUGGUAUACCACAUUGAUAAAAUGUGCCUAUAUAGUGAAAUUUACGUAACGCUCCUUCUAUUUGUUGGUUUAUCUCGAAAGGAAGAUCGUUCCACAUACCCAGAUUCAAUGCGCAACAAACGAAAGUGAUAAUGCAUAUUCAUGAGAUUACGGCAAAAGGUUUAAGACAUAUAACGUCCUUUCUGAUGUUUCCGAUUGUAGUCCAAUAAAUUCACAUAAAAUGUCUCAGAUAUAUUCGUAAACGGUGAAUUAUGAACAAUGAAUAUCAACAAUGUAUAUUAUACUUCGAGUUACUGACAAUCAUCGAAUUUCAUGAGAAUUAUUCUAUUCGUUUCAACAUCGACUAUUAAAUGUUUGUUUUUUGCUCUUCUAAUACGUAACACAAAUUUCUUAUUGUUUAGCACGUAAUGUUCUUUGUUAAAUGUUCAAAUCUAACGAUCUGUAUGAAAUUACGUUUUUAUUCGAUAUCAUUAUAAAUUUUUAUUUAAUGUUAGACCUCAUUCCUAACAGUUUCCAUUUCACUAAACCGCAUUGACGACAAGCCUGUGAAAUCGAAAAUGACAGUCUCCAAAUUAGUAAAACGGAAGGAACUAGAUCCACUUUCGCUAUUCGCUUUCAGACCUAUACCAGUUCUUCGACGUGUUAAUUCGAGGAUAUUACUAUUUACACUUUCAGUAUUAAUGGCAAUGCUAUUAAUUACAAUUUACAUUGUACAAAUUACAAAUUGCAUUGACAAUAUUUUUCGAUAAUAUCUACAAUAUUUAAAAAAUGUUUCAACAUAUAUGUACUCAUUCAAAAAAGAUCUUUAAGAAUAUAUUAAGUUGGGGAAAAAAGAAAUCCAUUAUUUUUGCGUGAACUUCAAGACUUUAUUUAAUAUGUUUCGGAUUGUCCGAUUUGGGUCAAAUAAAAAAAAAAAAAAAAAUAAAAUAAUAGAUUUCAUUUUCCUCAACCUAAUAUAUCUUUUUUUCUUAAGAUUUUAAAUUACAUUAAAUAAAUUGAAAUUUGUCGAUAACUCUGAAUAACCAUUCGAUAUGUACAUUAAAAAAAAAAAAAAAAAAAAAGAAAAAAAAAUUAAUCUAAUCUCAAUUAGAUUUUAUUUUUCGAACGAUCGUCUAUCGUUUUUUUUAUGAUUGCAUCGUCAAUUUCACGAUUAUCUUUUUAAACAAAUAUUAAAUAGAGGUUAAGAUAUGAUUAAAUAAAAUGUACAAAAAUGGUUUAAUGAUUUACCUUUAAAAUUGUUGCGACAAAAGACGUAGAAAUGUCAUAGAAAUUCCAAAAAGUGAAGUUCGUCGAAGACUCGAUGAGAUAUCCUGUAUGUUUAUAAAAUACUUUUUUUAUAUCUCGAUCCGCAAGGAAUUCUCGCGGUGUUAAGAAGCCCCAUUGAAAAUAAUAACUGAGCGUAUGUACGUUGUGAUUCGUUUGUCGCGAAGCGUCAAGAUACGAGUUGUGUACGGAGGUCAAUGGGAAAGAAUUACUUAAGUACUCUCAUGGUUAAAAGGGGCAUUGAGUUGCCUAUUAAACACAGGAAGAGGGAGGACUAUAAACCAUUUUCCAUCUACGCAGAUCUUUACCUUUUAUGUAUUUUUCUUUUCUCUUUUCAUUUAGUAGCUUAUCGACGUUUCACUUCGCUAACGAACCAUAAUCUUUCGAAACUAUAAAUAAGAAGAAACGUGUGUGUAUGUGUGUGUGUGUGUGUGUGUGUGAGUGUAUGUAACAUUUAUCAAAAUAAUCGUAAUAUCGUUAUAUAAAAUAAUAAUUAGUGAAAGGAACGAUAUAUAAAUUAUUUUAUUAUUUAAAUAUGUCUAAUACUCUGUAUCAAAUCUUCAAUUAAAACUUUUAAAUAAUGAUUGCAAAAAAUAA